AUGGCAUUGAAACCAUCCACCAUUGCACUUAUUUCUACUGCUGUUGUAGCCUCAUUUGGCCUCGGAUUUUUGAUCUACUAUGACAGCAAGAGAAGAAGCGAUCCUCAAUUCAAAAAGCAAUUGAAACGUGAGCGCAAGAAGGCUGCCAAGCAAGAAAAGUUACAAAAAGAGAAAGAAAUCACCAGUGUCGAGGGUUUGAUUGCCUCUGUCUUGGAGACAGUGGCCAAUGAAGACUUUCCUGAAUCCGCCCAAGAGAAGGAAGCUUAUUUCAUGGAAAAGGUGGCAUUGGGAGAGGCACUUUGCAAAGAAGGUCGCGAAGAUGAUGCUGUGUUGCCCUUUUACAAGGCACUCAAGAUUUAUCCUGCUCCAUUGGAAUUGAUCAUGAUUUACCAAAAAACUGUACCCGAGAAAGUGUUCCGCAUUAUUGUCAAUUUGAUGGCUGUGGAGCAACAAAAGCGUCAAUCUGAAUUCUACGAUCUUUUCCCUCCUGCUGAACUCAACAUUAAACUACAACCCACCAGCACGGAAGGCGAAAAGACAAAGCAUACGCUUGUGGCUGACAGAGAUUUCAAUCAAGGCGAAGUUGUUUACGUCGAAUCACCUUUGAUCUCUGCACUCCAUCCUCAAUUGGAAGGAUCUUACUGCAACUUCUGCAUGAAAAAGCUGACAGACGACAGCAAGAUUGAAUGCACAAACUGCGAUCAAGUAGCUUUCUGCAGCAAAGAAUGCGAGACCAAGGGCAGCGAACAAUAUCACACCUUUUUAUGCUCCAAUUCAAAGCUCACCUCCGACAACAAGGCAGUAGAAUUCAGAUCUUAUGCUCAAAUCAACAAUGUGAAAUAUCCUCAGAUGAUUGCUCAAUUCCUAUCGAGCAUGGUAGCAGAAGAGAUGGAGAAGAACAAGCUGGGAAAGGAUGCGCCUCGUUACAGUGCCUGGGAUCACAUUGAACGAUUCAAUCAGCAAGAAUUACAGGCUAAUGAAGAGACAGUGAAAGAGGCUACUAUGAUCAAAGAGUUGCUUGCUUCCAAGGUGCCUGGCAUUGACGAAUUUUUGUCGGAUGAAAUUUAUUUGUUGCUCAAGGGUAAAUUGAACGAAAAUACAUUUGAGAUUCCUGCCGCUUCCGAUGUUGCAGUGGAGAAAUCUAUGGAACCUGCUCGUUCAUUGGCAACUGGAUCCAGCGGUGUGGGCUCUUCUCUCUACAAAAUCUCAACCUUUAUUGGAAAAUCAGAUAACGCCGAUGAUUCCAACAUUUCAAUUGAAUUCAGGGAUAACUCGAACGUUUUGACUGCCACUGCCAGUAAAAAUAUCAAGAAGGGCGAUGAGAUUAGAUCUUUCUAUGUUUGA